AUGAAGCUGGGCGGAGGGCGAGGUGCCCGAUCGAAAAAACCUGCACCCACUCGCAAGAAGGUCGGGCGGCCCAAGAAGAACUACCGGCGAACCUGCCCGCAUUGCCCCCGCAAAUUGAAGACCGCCCAGGGACUCAAGAAGCACUUGGCGAAGAAAUUGAAGUGCGAUCUGGCAUCCGUCGCUGCACGUGCUGCAGCACGCAAGGAAUCGAAUCGGCGCGCGGCCAAGCACUACUACGCUCGUAAGAAGAAGGGGGUCCCCCUGGAGGCGUGGCAAGCGAUGUUUCCGACCACUCGGGACAUUGCACGCUUCCGCGCACAACGCUGA